AUGGCCCAGAGGACGUCCUGCCGCCUUUCUGGAUUCACCUCUGGCACCCCAGAGUUGGAGAGACCCAUGUCUCGACGUAUCAACCCCAACACUGGUGACGACGCUCGCCUCGUAGCUGCUUGGCGUGAUUCGAAGCUGGCUGCGGUGAUUCAGGCUACCUGGAGUCUGGUGCUUAGGUGCUACAUGGACUCUGACGAGGUGUGCUUCGGUUAUCGGUACAUCGACGCGAACGAAGUGGUCGCCUCAAGGGAAGUAGCAUCCGAUCUGUUCAACCUAACCACUGUGCGGUUAGUUAUUGGCGAUGGAGACACCGCCACUACCCUUGUUGAGAAAGCCAAGGGAAUGAUGGCUGCGGGAGCUCCUGCUGUUGACGACGGCCGAAAUGCCGCCGGUGACAGCGACCUGCCAUAUAACACAAGCGUGCUCAUCCGAUCAAAUAUGGGCAACCUUCAAAGAGCUGCUGCUUCAACAAUCCCCUCUGCGCUGGCUCUUACUCUUCCGAAGGAGUGCCUGCUUCGGCUCCACGUCAAGGUGCUUCAGGAAAACGUCCGCAUGUUUCUUGAGUGGAGGACCGACGGAAUGUCGAUGGAACACGUCAAAGGUAUUGCUACUCUUUUCCAGAAUAUACUAACUCGUGUCCUUUCACCGGAACUCGUACCGGUGCGGGACUUCAAUUUCUUCACAGACAUCGAUUGGCAGCGCAUAAGUGGCUGGAACGGCCCUCCGCCCCAGGUACAUGACCGCUGUAUUCAUGAUAUCAUUAGAGACCAGGUGGUCCGUCAGCCUCAUGAUGAGGCCAUCUGUGCCUGGGACGGAAGCCUCUCCUUCCAGCAAUUUGACCAUCAGGCUUCAAGACUAGCCUAUCAUUUGCAACAGCAAGGGGUCGGACCAGAGGUUUUGGUUCCGCUUUGCUUCGAGAAAUCCAUGUGGUAUUUUGUUGCGGUACUUGCUGUAUUGAAAGCAGGAGGCGCCUUCGUUCCGCUUGACCCCAGCCAUCCUCCAGCUCGUCUUCAGUCGCUCAUCAAAAAAGUGAACGCGAAGCUUGUUUUAUGCUCCGAAUGGCAUGCGGAUCGCCUCCUCGGCCUCUCAGAGAUUGUCAUCCCUUUGUCGCAGACUACGUUUGAUAGGAUCCGCCCUGCACCGGUUGGCUUCAUUUCAACGGACGAGGUGAAUUGCACCAACGCAGCAUAUGUUAUAUUUACUUCAGGGUCGACGGGGGAGCCUAAGGGGACCCUCGUUGAGCAUCGCGCUUACUGCUCAAGCGCCAUGGUCCAUGGCCCGAGACUUCUUAUUCGCCCAGAGUCUAGAGUUCUCCAAUUCGCCGCCCAUACAUUCGAUGCUAGCUUGGCUGAAUCAAUCUCGCCAUUUAUGCACGGAGCGUGCGUCUGUGUCCCAAGUGAAGAGGACCGGCUAAACGACAUAGUCGGAGCUAUCAAACGCCUACGUGCAAAUUACGCAUCUCUGACGCCUUCAUUCAUUGAGUUCAUAGAGCCCUCAAUGGUGCCAGAAAUCCAAACCCUUGUCUUGGCCGGAGAAGCGAUGAGUGAGACCCACAGGGCCAAGUGGUCAACCAUUAACUUGGUCAAUGGAUUUGGCCCUACUGAAGCUUCGGUUACUGCGGCUAUCAACUCAAACGUGACUGCGACAACCGACUGCAAAGACAUAGGCCUCCCCCUCAAUACCCGCUGCUGGAUUGUUGGCCCCGACGAUCAUAACAAACUCGUUCCGGUCGGCGCUGUUGGUGAAAUGCUGCUCGAGGGGCCGACCCUCGCGCGUGGUUAUCUCGACAAUCCUGAAAAGACUGCCGAGGCGUUUAUCUACAAUCCGAAGUUCGUGUCCAGGGAUUCCACUAUGGAGCAGAGCCGCCGUCGAUUUUACAAGACAGGCGACCUUGUGCGGUACAACAGCGACUCUGGAUCUUUGACCUAUAUUGGAAGAAAGGACACCCAGGUUAAGCUUCACGGUCAACGGGUUGAAUUAGGAGAGAUUGAAGCUAGCUUGAACGCGAGUCCCUCGGUCAAGCACUGCGUUGUUUUACUACCAAAGGAAGGAUAUGCAAAGGGAAAGCUUACAGCCGUCUUGUCUCUCAGCAGUGGGGAUGAGAAGCACACUAUACGCACACCAAUGGGCCUGAUUCCGGCGGACGUCCACAGCCAGACUGUGGCGAGACUCAGGGAGCAACUAACAGGCAGAUUACCUUCAUACAUGGUCCCUGCAGUUUGGGUCUGCGUUGAGGAUAUGCCUUUCCUGCCCUCGAGGAAGCUGGACCGGAAGACAAUUCUCAGCUGGGUCACUGGCCUACAUAGAGAUCCUUACCGGACGGAAAUGACGGACAAAGGGCCUGCUUCGCAAGCACAGCCUACGACUGAGGUGGAACGCCACCUGAUCCAGAUCUGGAGCCGACUGCUCAACAUUCCCAGCGACGAGGUUCCGCUGAAUGACAGUUUCCUCAAGCUCGGCGGAGAUUCUAUCGCAGCAAUGACUUGCAUGAACGAGUGCAAGAAGCAUGGAAUUGCUGUCACCGUGCAGGAUAUUCUCAAAAGCAGCUCGAUUCUGGAUCUCGCUGCUCGUACGAAAGAAAUGCCAAAUUAUGUUUCCGCCACUUAUCAUGAAAAGGUCGAGGAGCCUUUCGACCUCUCGCCCAUCCAGACCCUCCACUUCAAGGUCCGCCAGGAGGGCCAAGGGUACUUCAAUCAAAGUAUUGUCACGCGCCUUAACCAACACAUCGAGCCCACAACUCUUCGACAGGCGAUUGAGACACUCGUCCUCAGUCACUCUAUGCUGCGAGCCCGUUUCGAGAAGUCUAGCGUGGACGGUUCUAUCCGCCAGCGUAUUACGAAUGAAGUCCAAACCUCCUACCGCUGGCGCCAUCAUAAAGUUGUUUCUGAGCGCGCCAUCGAUGAAGCCAUCUCUACCAGCCAGUCGUCCCUUUCCUGCUUCUCCGGGCCACUUCUCGCGGUUGACCUCUUCGAUAUUAGUGGAGACAAACAAACGUUAUCCAUGGUUGCUCACCAUCUGGUGGUUGAUAUCGUCUCGUGGCGAGUUAUCCUAGAAGAUCUCAAGGAAAUCCUUGCGAGCCCAUCAGUCCCGCCUCAGCUCAACUCGUCUCUACCUUUCCAGAGCUGGCUUGAGCUCCAGGCAGAACACACCAAGCUGUGCGAGCAGGAACAGGCUGAGUUGGAAACUCCCCCCGCCCCAGACUUUGCCUAUUGGGGCUUGGAAAGGAGCCAAAUUAUAUACGGCGAUGUUCGCUGUGCUUCGUUUAAUCUUGAUCACCGCGAAACGUCGAUACUCAUGUCUGACUGCCACAACAGUCUUCGGACGGAGCCGGUGGACCUUCUCCUCGCAGCGAUGCAUUUCAGCUUCAGCCAAACUUUCACUGAUCACCCACUGCCGGUUAUCUACAAUGAAGGGCAUGGUCGUGAACCAUGGGAUGCCUCUAUCGACAUCUCUCGGACGGUAGGAUGGUUCACGACGCUCUACCCGGUCAUUAUUGAUAGGCCAAGUCAUCCGAUCGAUGCGAUUAUUAGGGUAAAGGAUCGUCGUCGCGAAGUGUCUGAUAGUGGUCGCUCGGCCUUUGCACGCCGCGCUCCUUCCCACGACUGCCCUAUGGAGGUAAACCUCAAUUACCUGGGGCAACACAAAGAUCUUCAACGCAUGGACGGACUCUUCCAACUCGCCAAUCAAAUGGCUGGAGAGACUCGUCAGGGCGGCGGGUCUGCUGACUUUGGUCGAGACACACCUCGAUUUUCCCUCUUUGAAGUCUCGGCAGUCGUUGUAGGAGGCUGCUUGCGCUUCGUAUUCUCGUUUAGCGCGUCCAUGAAGCAUCAGGAGCGUGUUCACGACUGGGUACAAUCGUGCAAGCAGACCCUUCAAUCUUUCACGAUCCAAUUGCCUACCCUGAAACCCCGGCUGACCAUAGGGGAUGUUCCCCUCAUGGCAAUGACCUACAAAGAGCUAUCCGUGCUGGAGAUGCAGAAGCUGCCCCGGUACGGAGUUCGCUCCAUCGAAGACGUGGAAGAUAUCUAUCCGUGCUCUAAAAUGCAGCAGGGUGUCCUUCUCAGCCAAGCGCGAGAUCCCCUGCUCUACGCUGUAUCUGGGACUUGGGAGGUUCAGGCAGCACCGGGGUCACCCAAGCGAGAUCUACAGCGAUUAGUCAAUGCAUGGCACGCGGUCGUGAAUCACCACGCGAUGCUUCGGACUGUAUUCGCGACUGGAUUGAGCCGACGGCAUGCAUUUAGUCACAUAGUGCUGAAGAAGUACGCCUCUGCUCCAGUCCUCUUGCAGUGCACUCGUGAUGAGGAUAUCAUGGCGACACUCGACGCUCAACCACGGCCAGAUUAUCGCGCAACUUCCCCCCCUCAUCGUUUCACACUGUGCCAAGCUUCGUCCGGAAAGGUUGUUUGCAAGCUAGAGCUCAGUCACGCCGCUAUGGAUGGCUCCUCCAUCUCAUUGCUCCUUCGCGAUCUGCAGCAGGCCUAUGCAGGGACUCUCAAUGCAACGAGAAAGCCUCUGUUUAAGGAUUAUAUUGCACACCUCCAAUCGCAGUCUCCUAGCAAAGGCCUCGGCCAUUGGUGUACAUAUCUUCGAGAUCUUCAGGCGUGUCACCUCCCGUCCGACGUAAGAACCAAACAGGGCCGCAAGCGCCUCAGCUCAAUGCGCCUCAGCUUUGGGCGAUUUCCAGAGCUGCAGUCAUUCUGCGCGAGCAACAAUAUCACUGUGGCCAAUGCGUUCAAUGCGGCCUGGGCGUUGACACUUGCUCGUUUCUGCGACACUGAGGAAGUCUGUUUCAGCUAUACGACUUCACUGAGAGAUACGUCGGUUCCCGGGAUCAAAUCUGUCAUUGGCCCAGUUAUGAACCUUCUUGUGUGCCGUCUCAAGGUUGGUUCACGGCACGUUCUGGAUAUUAUGCGACAGGUCCAGGAUGACUAUAUGGAGAACUACCCCCACCGGGACGUUUCUCUUAUCGACAUUCAACACGCGAUGAAGGCAUCUCGGAUCUCCCUGUUCAAUACCGGCGUUUCCUACCGCAAGCUUCCGCCGGCUGGCGAAGCUUCAUAUCCCAUUGAAUUCAAGGGGAUGGGGCUUAUCCACGACCCAGCUGAGGUAUCCGUCUACAUCAACGUCGAAGCCACUGAUUCCGAUGCGCAAGUCGAACUGAACUAUUGGAACAAUUGGCUCUCAGAUACACAAGCACAGAAGGUGGCGGAUGUUUUCCUGCAAUCUCUCGCAGAUAUCAGCGCCGCACCCGUACCAGUCCUCGGCAAAAGUGCAAAUCCGCAGGAUAUCAACCAGAUCUGUCAAUGGAACGACGAGUCGGAGAUUCCCCAACCGACCCUGUCAAUCCAAGCUGCGAUCGAGGAUCAGACAGCGCGAAUGCCCCACAGUAUCGCCAUUGUCACUGAAGAACUGGAGCUGAGCUACGCCGAACUCGACGAGCUUUCCUCGGCCUUGGCAAGUUAUCUCGUCAAUCUAGGCGUCCUGCCUGGAACCACUGUGCCGAUCGCUUUCGAAAAAUCCCAGUCUCUGUGGGCUAUCACAUCGAUACUCGCAAUAUGGAAGGUGGGUGGCAGAUGUCUUCCUCUUCCGUCAAGUCCAUUGCACGAAGAGCUCGAAACUUGGCUGCUAGCAGCCGAUCUGCAGGUGGCUUUGUCGUGUCCGAACGGAUCGAUCGUGCUUGAGGAGGUGGCUCCCUAUGUCAUUCCAGUAACAGAAGACUUGCUGGCGAGUCUAGAGACGGAAACUGGGACCGCGCACGAAGUCCAAAUGACCGACGGUGCAUUCGUCGUCUUUCCCCAAGAUGCGGCUACGGGUCUUGUACUCGACCACGGGGCUAUCGCCUCAAGCUGUCAGUCAUUUGCUGACGGCCUGGGGCUCAAUGGGAGCACUCGUAUGCUCCAAUCGGCGCAUUCCUCCAGCUAUGAGUUUCUCCUCGAGGCUUUUGGCACCUUGGCUCGCGGCGGCUGUGUUUGCACCCCAUGCAAAGACAAUCUUGAUGAUAUUUCCAAGACUAUAUUGAGCCCGGGAGUUACUACAGUUGUAAUGAGCUCCUCUGUCGCUAAGCACGCUAUUCCUGUGGAUGCCCCUUGCUUGCGACAGGUCAUCAUUACGGGCGAUUCCAUGCCCCUCAUGACUGAACGAAAACAGGUUCUGCUUGUUGAGACGCACACUUUCUAUGGCACUACCGAGUGCUCGCCGGCAUGCCUUCGCUUGUCUACCUCCGAUCGCACGUCGAUGGAACCGAUGCCUGGUACUAAGGCCUGGGUGGUGGACCCAUCUGAUUACAACAACCUCGUACCGGUCGGUGCGACAGGCGAGCUUCUUAUCGAGAGUCCAGGAAUGACUCAAGGCCAACUCGGCGACGUUGAGGGAAGCGAUAGUUUUAUUCAUGAUGCUGCAUGGUUCAGCCUCACGAGCCCCAAGGGAACUUUCACAGCCCGCCGUGUGUUCAAGACGGGUAUUCUUGCCCGGUAUGGCGAAGGGGGUUUGCUCAUCUAUCAGGGUAUAACUGGUAAACCGUUCCCCUCAGAGCCAUUGUUAGAAGACACUGCACCACAAUCCAGCACGCUCUUGUCCAAUACGGAUUAUUGGAAGACUCACCUGUCUGAGGUUGAACCAUGCCUUUUCCCAUCCCUUUCUGACGACUCCGAUCAUUUCGACAAGACCAGCCUCGCUCGUUUAGUUAUUGAGGAUGUGGAGGACGUGCGAGAGGCCUGCCAGAUACACAACAUCACCCCGUCCGCUGUCUUCCAACUUACCUGGGGACUUGUGCUCCGCUGCUUCACCGGUCUCGCCGAUAUUUGCUACGGCUACUCCGAGUCCGACCAAAACGGGACACUCCCAAUCCGCCUUUCCCUGAAGGACGAUCACCAGGUCAUCGAAGCUGUCAAAACGAUUCAAGCGGCGUUGGAGGAGGGGAAGAAACAUCGGAUGCCCCUCAGCGAAGUUCUCCACAUAUGCACCAAUCCCGACUCGGAGCUGUUCAACACUGUGAUUUAUAUCAAAGAUCGCAAGGCCUCGUCGUCUACGCGUAUUUCCCACAUGAGAGGAACUGGGAAAGAUAAUUACGCCGUUACCGUACGAGCCGAAUUGUCGCAGCGCACCUGUGUUGUCGAAUUUCUUUUCCUUCGCGAAGCCCUCCCUGAGACCUACGCUGACAGCCUCACUGCCUGCUUCGAACAUGUAUUCGGACAAAUCAGGGGCAUGAUGGCUAGCCACGGUACCAUUGGGAAUAUUGACUUCUUUGACGAUUUUACUGGUGCUUUGGUAAGAGACUGGAAUCACGACCUCCCUGCACCUUGCGAACGAUGUGUUCAUGAACUUAUCGCGGAGCAAACUCGACGCCUUCCUGCUUCUGCUCAGGCAAUUUGUGCGUGGGACGGCAACUUCACCUAUACCGAACUCGAAGCUCAUGCCACUCGCCUAUCGCAGCACCUCCAAAGACUCGGUGUUGGGCCGGAAGUUUUUGUUGCCCUUUGCUUCAAUAAGUCUGCGUGGACGGUUGUCGCUCAGCUUGCGGUGCUUAAAGCUGGGGGAGCCUUCGCAUCACUCGAUCCUGCGCAUCCGGAGGGCCGCCUGCAAGGCCUCGUGGCUGACUUGGGAGCCAACAUUAUUCUUACUUCCAGCACAUGCUUGGACAAGGUCUCCAACCUAGGAGCACAGCCCUUGGUUGUUAAUCAACAGACCAUCGAACAACUGCCCACACCUUCACGGUCUAUCGCAACUCGGCAGGUGUCUCCAUCAAACGCCGCUUAUGCCAUCUUCACCUCGGGAACGACGGGCAUGCCCAAAGCCACAGUUAUACAGCAUACGGCUCUGAGCACAACUUCCAUUUGUCUGGCCAAUGUCCUUGGACUAGACUCCACCACACGAGCUCUCCAAUUCUCCAGCUACACCUUUGAUGUAAGCGUUCUUGAUAUUCAUGGAACGUUGAUCAACGGAGGCUGCGUUUGUGUCCCUAGCGAACAUGAGCGGCUCAAUGAUCUGGCUGGCGCGAUUCGUCGUAUGCAUGUCACCCACCUAAAUGGCACCCCGGGGAUAGCGAACAUGCUUGAUCCAAAGUCUAUUCCAUCUCUAGUCACCAUGUCUACUGGCGGUGAGAAGAUGUCUCCUGGACACAUUGAGCGUUGGCGCGAUCGACGCGUCAUCAACGCCUACGGCCCGUCGGAAGCAACGAUAAUUGCUACCGCCAGUCUGAAGGUGGAUGGAGAAGGGAACUUCUCCCAAGAGAGCCGCGCAUCUAUUGGCAAGCCGGUCUGUUGCCGCGCCUGGGUUGUCGAUCCCUUCAACCCGCAACGUCUCCUUCCAGUUGGGGCUACUGGGGAACUUGUCCUCGAAGGUUGCAACGUCGCCAGAGGGUAUCUUAACAACAAGGAGAAGACCGAACGUGCCUUCAUGGAGAAUCCAAGCUGGUCAGCCCACGUCUCGAUCAAGGAUUUUAUGACUGUCCAAGAGCGUAUGUACCGCACUGGAGACUUGGUCCGAUAUAAUCCAGAUGGGACACUCACAUUCAUCUCCCGGAUGGAUACACAGGUGAAACUGAACGGGCAACGUAUUGAGCUAGAAGAAAUCGAGAAGCAGUGCAUUCAAGCACUGCCUCGGGAUAGCCAACUGGUUGUGGAAGUGGUCGCACCAAAAGGAAAGACUGUUAGGAGCCUCGCUGUCUUCUUCUGUCUCCCCGAGUACGGCGCGGAGCCUGCAAGUCACGAGUUUCUCUUGGAUUCAACUCCAUCUCGAAGCCUCACGGCUGCACAAAUCUGGAAUACUGCUCGCGAUAAUCUGCCGCCGUACAUGGUUCCUAGCCUCUUCUUCCCGGUCCAGCAGCUUCCAUGCAAUACCUCUGCAAAGAUCGACCGUCGGCGACUGCGUGCAACUGUUGAGGAACUCCCCAACGACCGACUCCAAUUGUACGCCUCGACAACCCUUAGUCCUGUGCCUACAAAGGAGGAUGUAGCGGAAGCCACCAGUCGCAGUGAAAUCCCGGUCUCGACGGCAGAUCUCCAUUCAUUGUCCAGCGUGAGUUCGGUUGCUACUAUCGAAGAUAGGCAACCUUGCUUCGAUGAGCCUACCCUAGACUCUAAACUUCGCCACCUAUGGGGUGAUGUCUUGGGAGUUGACCCCACCUCACUUCGCGCGGACGACAGUUUCUUUGCAUUGGGUGGUGAUUCGUUCACAGCCAUGAGCUUAGUGAGUGCCGCCCAAGCCGAGGGACUCACACUUUCCGUGGCGGAGAUUUUCCAGAGCCCUGCCUUGAAGGAUAUGGUGGCGUGCUGCCAAACAUCGGAGCCUCCAGCCGAAGCCCCCCAAGCCCUUCAACCGUUCAGUCUUUUGCCUGGCGGCACCAACCUGGAUGAGCUCCUCGAAGAAGUUGCCAGUACAUGCCAAGUCACGAAGGCCUCCAUCUCCGAUAUUCAUCCGUGUAGCGCACUUCAAGAAGGACUCAUUACCGCGUCGAUUCAGCAGCCGGGCGCCUAUGUCGCCAACCCUGUCUUCGCCCUGUCGAAUGAGGUCGACAUACCAACCUUCAAGGCAGCCUGGCAAACGACAGUUAAUGAGAUUGAGACUCUGCGAAGCCGGAUUCUGCACACAGUCGCUGCAAACUUUGUGCAGGUUAUCGUCCAGCCAUCGCCAAUCUGUUGGGGAUCGAGUGCUGAAGAUAUUGCAGCCCAAAACGGAGGUAGACUUACUGGCUAUACCAUAACUGAUACUGGCUCCUCUCGGUUGUUUACCUGGUACAUCCAUCACGCUCUUUAUGAUGGCUGGAGCAUCCCCCUGGUCCUGCAACGAGUGCAGAAAAAUUACGAACUUUGCUGCAAUAGUUCGACAGCAUGCCUCUCGGCUCCAAUGGUCCCCUACAACCGUUUCAUUAAUCAUCUUCAAACGCGGGAUCUCGCAGCUUCCGAUGACUUCUGGCGAAGCUACCUCAGCAGCGUGUCCUCGCCUGCCUUCCCAGCCAGCAAAAGCGCGCUAACAUCAAAUAUCAAUGCAGCAAGCCGUCAGUACUGCUCGGCCAAGAUCACUCCAGUGAGAAAGGAUAUUACUUUGCCGGCCUUUAUACGAGCAGCAUGGGCAAUGGUGGUAUCACUACACACCGAAUCUGGCGAUAUCUGUUUUGGUGAAACCCUCAUGGGACGCAACAUUGAUCUUCCCGGUGCGACCAGGAUUGCAGGCCCCUUGCUGACCACGGUUCCAUGCCGAAUUGCCGUGGACACAAGGAUGCAAAUCACCGAAUAUCUGGACCGCAUUCACCAAGCCGCUGCCAGCAUUAUUCCUCAUCAGCACACUGGGCUACAACGGAUAAGGAAGCUCAGCGAGGAUGCCAAUGCCGCAUGUGAUUUCCAGAACCUUUUGGUAAUCCAGAGUGGCGAGCAGGAGCUGAAUCCGCGCAUCUGGACAUCUGAGAGCACUGAGACCAAGCAUGAGUUCCUCACGUACCCACUCACCGUCGAGUGCCGCCUAGCUGACGCAAUCGAGAUUACGGCUUACUUCGACGAACAAGUAAUUCCGUCUUGGCGCGUUGCGCGACUUCUUGGUCAACUGAAAGUGAUCCUGCGCCAGCUGGCGGACACUAGCGCAUCUGAUGAUGUUCUUUUGUCAGACCUUCGGGUGAUCUCUGUUGAGGAUGAGCAGGACCUUUGCAAGUGGAACCAGCACACCCUGCCCUGUGUGGAACGAACUAUCCAUGACCUUGUCAAUGAUCAACGCCUACUCCGUCCAAAUGCACCGGCCAUCGCCUCCUGGGAUGGGAACCUCUCUUAUCAAGAACUUCUCGACACGGCGUCUACAUUCGCUUGCCAUCUGUCGAUGCUGGGCGUCGGCCCCGAAGUACUAGUUCCCAUGUGCAUGGAUAAGUCCGUCUGGAUGAUAGUCACCAUCAUGAGUAUUCUCAUGGCCGGCGGGGCCUUCGUACCCUUGGACCCAGCACAUCCCACCUCCCGACACGAAGAGAUUUUGGAGGAGACUGGGGCCAAAAUUGUUCUUUGUACCCCCAAGUACUCGAGCAGGUAUAUUGGCAAAGUUCCAACAGUCCUCGGCGUCGACCAGAAAGCAGUACAACAACACCGAGACAGAUCUGGUGCUAUUAGGAAGCCAGCGAACAGCGCCAACGUUGCAUACUCCAUCUUCACAUCUGGGAGCACCGGGCGGCCAAAAGGGAUCAUCAUCGAACACCGUGCGUUUGCAAGCAGUACCAUGGCAUACGGCCCCAUCAUUCAUCUCAAGCCCGGAAUUCGUGUCUUCCAAUUUGCAUCCCUCACCUUUGAUGCCGCUGUCAUGGAGAUUCUGGGUACAUUGAUUUACGGUGGAUGUGUUUGUAUUCCUAGCGACGACGAACGGCUCAACGACAUUGCUGGCGCAAUCAGGCGCUUUGAUGCUUCCUGGCUCUUCUGCACACCAUCGCUGGCUAGCAUCAUGGAACCCGCAACUGUUCCUUCCUUGAAGGUCAUUGUUUGCGGUGGUGAGAUGAUGUCCCAUGAAGCCAUGACAAAAUGGUCAGAUAAAGUCCACUUCAUCAACGCCUAUGGCCCAACUGAAACAUCGGUUUAUGCAUCGUUCAAUCCGGACAUAGGCAAGAACCGCAACCCUGCGAACAUUGGACACACCAUUCCUUCCACAAAGGCCUGGAUUGUGGAUCCCGAAAAUCAUAAUCGGCUCUACCCCAUUGGCGCUGUCGGUGAGCUAGCGCUAGAGGGUCCGGUUCUUGCAAGGGAAUACCUGAAGAACCCCGAGAAGACAGCGAAAGCAUUCAUCACGGACCCCAAGUGGGCGCAGACUCGUCCAGGUCAGCCGGCUCGACGGAUCUAUCUGACAGGGGACCUGGCUCGGCUCGCCGCCGACGGGUCUCUCGAAUAUGUCGGCCGCAAAGAUCACCAGGUGAAGAUUCACGGGCAGCGCAUGGAGCUUGGUGAAAUCGAGUACCGACUCCAUGAGCACCCACAUGUUCGGCAUGUUGUUGUCAUCCUUCCGAAAACUGGGCGGCUACAGAAGCGCCUUGUAUCUGUUCUCUCACUGAACAGCCUUUCAGGGGAGACAAGCCUCAUUUCCUCUUCCAACUGCUGUCUCAUCGAUGAGGAGUCGAUGCUGCGACAAGGUAUGCCUGAGCUUUUGGAGGUCCAAUCUAGUCUUGAAGGGCAGCUGCCACCCUACAUGGUACCGCAGACAUGGGCCGUUGUCAAGACACUUCCUAUGCUUGUCUCGGGCAAGAUUGAUAGGAAGAAAAUUACCGCCUGGGUUGAAUCAGUUGACGAAGCUACCUUCGACCGUAUCAUGGGUGAUUAUGACAAGAUAAAGCGCGGCGAGGUUGCUGUACCCAAGCUGCUGCCUGAGCCAAAGAAAGACGACACUGCAACAGUUCUUCGAGAUAUCCUCUCACGCGUUCUGAACGUGCCAACCAACAAGGUUGACAUGGGGCGGUCUUUUACUAGUUUAGGAGGAGACAGUAUUACUGGCAUGGCAAUCGUGUCCCAUGCUCGAAAGCAGGGGAUCACCCUGUCGUUGCAUAAAGUACUCCAAGCCUCGUCUGUCCAACUCCUCGUCGAGGAAGCUGAAGCCGGAGUAAAGAAGAUCAACCAGAUCGAACAGCCCAAUAGCUGGUUUGAUCUUUCCGCUAUACAAAAGUUUUACUUCGAGUACGCUCCCAAGUUUAAAGGGUCAGCCCGCUUCAACCAGAGUGUCACCCUGCGAUUACCUCGUCGUGUGGAGCCGGCCGCCAUUGAGAAUGGUCUCACAGCCAUUGUUAACAAGCACGCAAUGCUCAGAGCUCGAUUCCGACAAUCCAAUGGUAAAUGGCAGCAGAUGAUAAUGACAGCUGCGGAGAAUUUAUACAAGUUCCAGGUGACCACCUUGCAAGAAGAGAAUGAUUUGAAGCGAAUGAUCGCGGUAACGCAAAAUUCAAUUGACAUUCAGAAUGGCCCGACAUUUACGGCCAAUCUCUUCGAGGUACCCGGAGUGGAUCAAAUCCUUUUCCUGGUCGCAAGCCAUCUCUCCAUUGACAUGGUCUCCUGGCGGCUCAUUCUGCAAGAUCUGGAAGAGUUCCUGGAAUCAGGAUCGACAUCAUCUGAACCACAAUUGUCCUUCCAGACCUGGUGCAGCAUGCAAGCUGAGCAUUGUCAAGCCGAUGAUUACCGCUCUCACCUUCCAUUUUCAAUCACUCCUGCCAAUCCCGCGUACUGGGGUAUGAACGGCACCUCGAAUCUGUAUGGUGACGUUCGGAUCAAAAAGUUCUCUCUGGGCGCAAAGGAGACAACUCUGGCUCUGGAAAAAUGCCACGCUCGUUUGCGAACGGAGCCCCUUGAUCUAUUCCUGGCUGUGGUAAUCCAUUCGUUCCGGCGCACCUUUACUGAUAGGCAGCUGCCCACGGUUUAUAAUGAGACUCAUGGUCGGCAAGCGUGGGAUUCCAACAUCGACUUGUCCGGCACUGUCGGGUGGUUCACUUCUCUCUGUCCGCUCCACCUCCAAUUGGGGCCUGAUGAUAUCAUCGAGACACUACGGAUGGUCAAAGAGGCACGCCGCAAGACUGUCAACAACGGCUCCUCGUCCUUUGCACAAAAGGUCCUUGCUCCAGAGAAGCAGCAGUCGUCGUCGCCUAUUGCCCUCCCAGUCGAGGUUGUCUUCAAUUAUCUCGGCAAGCUACAGCAGCUCGAAAGGGAAGACUCUCUAUUCCAGCACUAUGGCAACGUUUACGAUGAAAACGACUUUAUUAUUGCAGGAGAUAUGGGCCCUGAAACCCCUCGCUUUGCCCUAUUCGAGAUCUCUGCAAUUGUUAUCGAGAACCAGCUCCAGUUCUCCUUUACCUUCAACAGAAAGAUGCGGCAACAAGCACAGAUCACCAGCUGGAUUUCGGAAUGCGAGAUGACGCUCUAUGAAGCUCUUGACAUCUUACAGCAGGAAUCUCGUCUUGAGGUUAUGCCAUCCGAUUACCCGCUUCUAUCAAUCUCCCAAAACAGCUUGCAGGCACUCUUUAGUGAGACCCUUCCCAAACUUGGUGUUCACAGCCGCGAUGAAAUCGAGGAUGUCUACCCUUGUUCUUCCAUGCAAGAAGGAAUUCUGUUCAGUCAACUUCGUGAUCCCUCCGCUUACAUGCUCAACACUAUCUUCAACAUCAGGGACACCAGGGAUAAUCAACCAAUCAAUAUCCCCCGUCUGCGAAAGGCCUGGCAGCUGGUUGUCAAUCGGCACUCGAUUUUGCGAACCAUCUUCGUCGACAGCAACUCGAAGAACGGGUCUUUCGACCAGGUGGUGCUAAAGCAUUUACACGCCAACUUGGUGGAGCUAGAAUGUGAGGAUUCCAACAUUCUUCAGCAACUGAACAAGGCGUCCCUCGAAGAGACCAACAGAAAACGUGCUCCGAAGGAAGUGCACCAGUUGACAGUUUGCAAAACAUCCACCGGAGCAGUCAUGAUGAAACUUGAAAUGAAUCACGCCAUCAUUGACGGAGCAUCAAUUGGCAAUCUGCUGAGAGACUUGUCCAAGGCAUACGAACGCCAGCUCUCGACGCAGCCUGGUCCAAGUUACCGCGAUUACAUCGCAUACAUGCUCGCGCACCCCAGAAAAGAGGGCAAUACGUUUUGGGCCCAGUAUCUCCGGGGUAUUCGGCCUUGUCAUCUUCCAGUAUCUGCACAUGGCCCGCGCGAGCUCAAGUCCGUCAAAAUGGACUUCCACCGAUUCUCCGAGUUGCGACAGUUGAGCCAACGAGAAUCAGUGACCAUUGCCAAUCUAGUCCUCGCCGCUUGGUCGCUUGUGCUUGGGGAGUUUACCGGUAGUCAGGACGUCUGCUUCGGCUAUCUCUCUGCAGGACGUGACGUUCCUGUCCCUGGAAUCCAGGAUGCUGUUGGAAUAUUCAUCAACAUGCUCUGCUGCCGCGUUCAGUUGUCUGCUGGCCAGUCAUUUGCCGAUGUAUACAAAUCUGUGCAGGAAGACUUCUUCCGCAGCAUUCCGCACCAGACCUGCUCUCUAGCGACGGUGCAAAGCGAGCUAGGUCUUGGAAGCCAGAUGCUGUUCAAUACGGCCCUUUCCAUCCAGAACCAAAUGCCUUCAGCCGGUUCGCAGGGCAAUGCACUGUCGUUCGAUAUCCAGGAGGCUCACGAUCCAAGUGAGUUUCCUGUUACCGUGAACGUUGUAACCGCCCAAGGCGGGGAGGGUAUCCUUCUUCGGUAUUGGACAGACGCAAUCUCGACCGAUCAAGCAAACCGCCUGGUAGCAGGCAUUGCCAAGGUACUGGCAACGUUUAUUGACGGUUCCUCCCGCCUCAUAUCCACACUAAACCAAUCGAUCCCCGAGGGCGUGUCUAAGCAAGAAGAUGAAAAAUUGAAGUCCCACACCAGUCUUCGGCGACGCAGCAGUGUGCGAUCACGAAGCCCCAGGCUGUCAAUCAGUGAUCCGCAAGUUCAACAACACAUCGAUCAACGGGUCAACGAGAUCCUCAGUCAGCUACUCAACCCGGAUCAGUUGGCAGCCGUUCUGAACACGGAUACCGCACAACCAGACGAAGCCCAGACCAAAUCCGAUGGCCUCGACUCCCUAGAGCCGCCCAUUUCUCCAGUAUCCCGAAUGGCGUCUAUUCGUCGCCGCUUGUCAACCAUUUCCCGCGUUAGCCGCCGUCGCAUGUCCAUGGACUUGGAAAGGAAACUUCUCUUGCUGUGGUCCAUCGCUUUAGAUGUGCCUACAGACAUGGUUGACAAACAAGACAGCUUCUUCCGGGUUGGUGGUGACAGCAUCAAGGCAAUGAAGAUGGCCAGUGCCGCCCGGGAAGAAGGCCUUGUUUUGACUGUCGCUGAUGUGUUCCGCAAUCCUAUCUUCGAAGACAUGCUGAGUGUCAUCUGCUCCACAAAUAUUGUCCAUGCCGCUCCGAGUGUCUCGAGUGUGUGCAUCGAUGAAGAAGACGCGCCAAUUCAACAGGUAGGCGAGAUGGUUGACGAGGUCGUUUCGUCUGGCACGCUUUCUCGCCAAUCGCUUGAGCUCGCCAAACAGUCCAAUGUCGCAACCGAUUUCGUGCAAGCCAAUAUCUGUCCCAAGAUCGGAUUCUUCAAGGGCGGCAUUUCGGAUGUCCUUCCUGUUACCGAUUUCCAAGCCUUGUCCUUGACCGCUCAACUCUUCGAAUCCAGGUGGAUGCUGAACUAUUUCUACCUUGAUGGUGAAGGGCAGCUGGAUAUGAAGCGUUUGCGAGAAAGCUGUGCUCGUGUUGUCGACGCCUUUGACAUCCUGCGAACUGUCUUUGUCUGUUCAGGGGAGAACUUCUACCAGGUGAUCCUCAAGAAAGUCCGGCCGACGCUUGUCAUUUACGAGACCCAGACCGAUUUGGACACAUUCACCGCCAGCUUGCAGCAGCGGGACCGUGACCAAGGCCUCCACCAAGGGGAACAAUUUGUUCAGUUUAUUGUCGCGAAACGCAGAGGCACCAAUCAGCACCGCAUCCUCAUCCGACUAUCGCACGCCCAGUAUGAUGGAAUGUGUAUUUCCAAGAUUUUCGACGCGCUCAAGCAGGGCUAUGAAGGUGGCACCUUGGCGCCUGCCAUGUCAUAUGCCAAUUACAUGCGACUGCUCCCUAGUUCCAUCACUCCAGAGCACUAUGAGUACUGGACGAAGCUGCUGAAAGGAUCUCGAAUGACAGAUGUCAUCUCCCGAGAGUAUCCCAACACGUACCAGACCAUGGGCUCUUACGCAGAAGUCAAGACGACCAUCAGCAUCGCUCAGAAUUCUACGAUCGGAAACAUUACCGUUGGCACCCUCGUGCAGGCAGCAUGGGCCCUCGCUCUCUCGAGACUCUCUGCUGACUCUGAUGUUGUCUUUGGUCUGACCAUCAACGGUCGGAACGCAUCUAUUCCCGGUGUGCAGGAUACUGUUGGGCCAUGUCUGAACAUGAUCCCCGUGCGAGUGGCCUUUGGCAACAAGUGGAGUGGCCUCGAUCUUAUCCGCUAUCUGCAAGACCAGCUUGUUGCGACGAUGCCGUACGAAGCACUCGGAUUCCGGGAGAUCAUCCAGCGUUGCACCGACUGGCCGUGCGGUACAUAUUUCUCUACCGCCGUUCUCCACCAAAACAUCGACUACGAAGGCCACAUGAACCUUGAUAAUCAGGAGUAUCGUGUCGGUGGAGCCGGAGUCAUUGACAACCUCGCCGAUUUCACCCUGGUCUCUAAGUCUGUGGCUGCAAAUCAAGUCGACCUUUCGCUGGGCUACUCCUCCAAGGGUCCAAUCACCGAAGCAUUCGCGUCGAGGGUUCUCCAACUAGUGUGCGACGCCAUGAUUACUCUAACAUCGAGCCCGACAGCUCAACUCCCAUCACCCAGCACACUCCGAUCCCUCCCACCACAGACAAUUCCUGAUCUGCCUCGCGUCACCGACCAGCAAGUCCUAGCAUCCCAGCUCAAGAGCCAAAAUAUCUCCGAUAUCCUCGUGCACUCGGCGAUCCUCAGCCGGACCUGGCAACAAGUCCUCCCGAGCAUGUACGCGAGCCAGAAAACCUUCCAGCUCGACACGUCGUUCUAUGAUCUAGGCGGCGACCUCUUUGCCCUCGGCCAGGCUACAUGGCUUCUACAGCAGGAGGGCUACCAGGUUCGAAUUGAGGAUUUGCUGGACCGGCCCACUUUCUUGGGACAUAUGGCCGUUAUGGCUCAGGAUGUUCUCGGUCAGAGCUUGCAGGAUGACGCUGCUGAUGCGAAUCCGGAGGACGUCUCGAAUACUCACGCUAUCGAGAAGACGGAGAAGAAGGUGCGGUGGAAGAAGGCAUUUGGGCUGAUGGGCAAGUUCUCGAAGAGGGAGUCUGGCUCUGCGUGAAUGGCAUGAGUUGCUUUCUUGAUUUGUCUUACAAAGUACAUUGCUUUUGGAUUUGUUUUAGCUUUGGUUUUUAUGGUUUUUUGGUCCUGUUCAUCCUGAAGGUGAUGAAGUGAUGAUUCACCAAUGCCUAAAAUACAUAUCUUG